UUAUUUUAAUUUUUGGAUAUAUUUCGUCGUUAUUCGUAAGAUAUCACUUUCUUUUAAUUAUUAGUAUUCAAAUUUGGUAAUGUAAACUUAGUCCUUUCAGGCUGUGACUUAUGGAUUCCUAAUUUAUAUUUACCAAACAAAUUUGACCUUUCAAUGUCGUGUUAAAUUUACGUAAAAAAGGCAUUACCAGAUAGAGAUGCAAUGAUUAGACAGGGGAGUAUAGAUGAUAUUAAUGCUCAGCAAUUUCUGAAGAUAUCCAAUUAUGAAGAUACUGUUAGGCAGCUAGAUAUAUAUUAUGCAAUUGUGAAAAGACAAUUGCUCCGGUUUCAAAGUCCAAUCACAGGACUAUUUCCAGUGCUAUCAUCUGACCUCCACAUUGGGAGUGUGAGGGAUAGUAUUUACUGUGCAGCUGCAGUAUGGGGCCUCUACCAAGCAUACAGACGCAUCGACGACGACCGCGGCAAGUCGCACGAGCUCGGCCAGAGCACAGUCAAGUGCAUGCGCGGCAUCCUCGAGUGCUGGGUGAAGCAGUCCGCGCGCGUCGAGGCGUUCAAGACGAGGCAGAUGGCAGCACACGCGCUGCACGUCAAGUUCCACCUCACUACCGGCGAGCCGGUGUUGUCGGAUAACCAGUACCAUCAUCUGCAGAUAGAUGUGGUUUCUUUAUAUCUGCUGUUUCUUGUGCAGAUGAUUACUUCAGGCCUACAAAUCAUAUAUACACAGGAUGAAGUAGCUUUUAUACAGAACUUGGUGUAUUACGUGGAGCGCGCCUACAGGACGCCAGAUUACGGAAUGUGGGAGCGCGGCUCCAAAUACAACGAUGGCAAACCAGAAAUACAUGCUUCUUCAAUAGGCAUGGCAAAGGCUGCAUUGGAAGCGAUAAACGGGUGCAACCUGUUCGGAGACAAGGGCGCGUCGUGGAGCGUGGUGUAUGUGGACAUUGACGCCCAUAACCGCAAUAGGAGUAUAUUCGAAACUAUGCUGCCAAGGGAAUCUAGUUCUAAGGGCGUCGACGUAGCUCUCCUACCGACAAUAUCAUUUCCUGCGUUCGCCACGCACGAGGACCAUUUAUUCCAACUAACGAAGUCCAACAUCCUUCGGCGCUUACAAGGCAAAUACGGCUUCAAACGAUUCAGCCGCGACGGUUACAAAUGCGUACUAGAAGACCCCACACGUAGAUACUACAAUGAGGGUGAACUCAAGGAGUUUGAUGGGAUAGAGUCCGAGUGGCCACUCUUCUACGUUAUGAUGAUUAUUGACGGGGUGUUUAGAACAUUACCCGACCAGGUUGAGGAGUAUCAGAGGUUACUGAAGGCCAGGAUAUAUAUGGAUGAGUUUGGAGAUCCCGUGAUUCCGUGGUUUUAUUAUGUUCCCCGGGAAGGAAUAGAGAACGAGCGUAACGAGCCAUAUUCAGUCCGCCGGAUGCCAGCCAACAAAGCCGGCGACGACAGCAAAGACACAGGAGGGCUGUUCCUAUGGGCGCAGUCCAUGUUCGUGCUGGCCCAGCUGCUGACGGGCGGGCUGCUGCACGUCAACGAGCUGGACCCCAUCCGCCGCUACCUGCCCUCCUACAACCGGCCAAGGCGCGCCGGACGCUACUCCGCCUUCCAGGCCAAGCCAGCGUUUGGCAUAGCGACGGACUUGGUGGUGCAAGUGGUUUUGAUCGCAGAGUCCAUGCGUCUGCAGGCCAUGAUGGGGACCUACGGCAUCCAGACCCAGACGCCACAUGAAGUGGAACCAGUCCAGAUUUGCAGUUCAACACAAUUAGUGCACGUGUACAGACAGCUGGGCGUUUGUCCUAAACUGAAGUUGACGGGACGCCCGAUCCGACCCGUUGGAUCGCUGGGAACCAGUAAGAUCUACCGCGUGUGCGGUAUGACAGUGCUGUGCUACCCGCUGAUAUUCGAGGUGUCGGAGUUCUACCUGUACCGCGACAUGGCGCUGCUCAUCGACGACAUCAAGACAGAGCUGCAGUUCGUUGGCAAGUACUGGCGACUGUCCGGACGCCCGACGGUGUGCCUCCUGGUGCGCGAGGAGCACAUGCGCGACCCGCACUUCAAGCAGAUGCUGGACCUGUUCGCGAUGCUCAAGAAGGGCCACUGCGACGGCGUCAAGGUUCGCCUCGGCCGCCUGCAGAACCUCAUCUCCAGCUCCUGCAUGGAGCACUUGGACUUCAUGAGCCAAGGCGAAUUCCCGUCGGAGAUGUUCACCCAGUUCAGGCAGCUCGAACACGAAUACAUCGGCUACCAGUCCCUCACGGACGUACCGCGGACGCUCACCUACCGCGAAGAAAACCUCUGCUACGAUUCGUAUAAGAACCGUUCGACUGCGGACGUAGUAGCAGCGCUACGGGGCACGGACAAUAUCUUCGCCCAGUGCCAGCUUUGGGGCAUUUUGAAGGACAGAGAAGGAGCGAUGUACGAGGUGAACGGCACGACGGCCCUAGACUCAUUGAAGAGCCUCUACCACAGCGCCGGCGUCCUGCGGCACUGGCGCGCCGUGCGGUACUGCUCCUCGCUGCUGAACCACACCGUCGACUCCAUCAGCCCCUUCAUCACCACCGUGCUCGUCAACGGCAAACAGCUAACCGUCGGCGUGAUCGGGCACAAAGAAACGGUGUUUGAUAAACCGAUGACGCCGGGCGAGAUCCAAUCUGUUAUGUACUCCACCAUCCAGCCGUAUGACGUCAUCGGAGCCGUACUACAACAGGAGAUCGUGCUAUACUGCGGGCGUCUGAUCGGCACGAGCCCCGAGAUGUUCCGCGGCAUCCUCAAGAUCCGCGUGGGCUGGGUGCUGGAAGCCAUCCGCACGUACCUGCGCCUGUUCCCCGGCGAGGGCCGCGCGGGCGCGCCUCUCGAGGCACUCUCGCCUUAUCGCCUGCGGACGCUCCUGCAGAGGGUGUUGACGGUUUCCGACUGGGCUGAUGAAGAGGGAUUGACUCCGUUACAAAGGCGACAACUGGAAGGCUGCCUGUGCCGCGUGCCCAAACACUUCUACAUACAAGUGUGGGACAUACUGCUGCGCACCCCGAAAGGAAUAACAAUCCAUGGUCACUGCAUCCCCGCGAGCCCCACGUUAGUGAACAUGUCCCGCUCGGAGCUAUCGUUCGCGUUACUGGUUGAAGGUGCUCUGGUCCGCGCACCGUCGGCCGCGAGGCGACAGCUGUGUGUGGAGCUCUUGUGUGUGGUGGCCGCCAUCUUGCGGCGGAACCCCGAGCUGUGUCUUCAGGCACUCGACCUUGACAAGUUACUACAGGAUGCCCAUCACACCUACGCUAAGGACAGCGGGGUGUCGGGCGAGUCGGAGCCGCUGGCGUCGGCGCCGGCGCCGGUGAGCGUGGGCUACCUGGCGCGCGCCGUGGUCAACAGCGUGCUGCAGGAGUCCGCGCUGCCCGACCUCUCCCUCGCCGCGCACGACUCCUGCCUAGUCUCCUAAGCG